GUAAGUCUCUAGGUAGUGUAGCUGUAGUCUGUAGAUGUGUCAUCUGACGUUGUAGUAUUUGAUCCAUUUGAUGCUGUCCCUGUUGCCGGAAACGAAAUGGAUUUGAUUCCUAACCCUAAUGCUAACCCCAAGCAACCUGCGUUUUGCCUAAAAUGGCCAUGGAAUGAUGCAAACCAUAACUCUAACUCUAACCCUAGUCCCUGCAAUUUUGAGGGUCCAUGGCUAUUCAAGUCACUCCAAAACGUUGGCUUAAUCGCUUUCAAUUUUGCGAGCUCUUUUUCGAGUCGGAAGAAGAAAACGAGUCCAGCGGCAGCGUCGUCGUCGGAGGCAGAGCAGAGAGCGUUUGCGUCGGCUCUGGCCAGCGGGAAGGAGGCGACUUUGGUGGAGUUCUACUCCCCCAAGUGUAGGCUCUGCAAUUCCUUGCUCAAAUUUGUCUCCGAAGUCGAAACCAGGAACUCUAAUUGGCUCAACAUUGUCAUGGCUGAUGCCGAGAACCCCAAUUGGCUACCUGAGCUCCUUAAUUAUGAUGUUAGCUAUGUUCCUUGCUUUGUGCUUCUUGACAACAAUGGAAAGGCCCUUGCAAAGACUGGUGUCCCAAAUAGUCGUUUACAUGUUAUUGCAGGACUCUCCCAUCUUCUCAAAAUGAAGCGUCCUCAACAAAAUUAUUGAUGAUGAGUCUAGUGCAUGAAAACCAACCUUUUUUGUGGGAUUGAUAUAGAUAUAUUGAAUUGCAUUUUAUACAAAUAACUCAUCAUCCUUCUUCAUUUCUCUCUUCUUUCAUCAUUCACUUCCUCUGUACAUUGCUAUCAUUACAACUUUCUGUUCAAGUACCAAGGCACCAUAACGUGAUUUACUCGUUAUCUUCCCUACAAAUUUGUGGCACAUAGGUUGCAACCAAUGACCUGUAAUAAUCUAAUUUAUUAUAGACAAUACAUAUUCUAUCAUAAUUUAUGUUUGACUUGGAUUA